ACGCGCACGCGCACGGCAUGGCCGGAAGGGAUGCGAUGGCGAUGGGACCUUGCGAGCGAGCGAGCUCGUAAAUAACCGCCGAACCCGAGGGGUAAACCGGGAAGCAGGGGCGGAAAUUUACAGUGUGUGAGAGGGGAGAAAAAGGGUCGGAAGCUUGGCAGUUGCUUUCUACUAGCGUACUGGUAGCAGCAGAACAGAAGCGAACCACAGAUCAAGAGGCCAGGACCAGCGAGCCGCGUGGCGAAGAGAGGGGAAGGGGCGGCAGAGAGAGGGACAGAAAAGGUCAAGAAGAACGCGAUCCGGAGCCGUCCGGACGGGGCCCGAUGAGGAUCCGGAAGCGCACACCGGCCAGGGCCGCCUCGCCGGGACCGUCGCCGCCGACGACGACUCCUCCGCUGCCGCUGCCGUUGCAGCAGCCCAAGUCGUUCUUGGUGCAGCAGGAGAUGCCCCACGAGGAGGAGGGGGAGGAGGCGGAAGAGAAGCGGGUGAUCCUGGUAGGAGCCGGAGCCGGAGACCAAGGAGACGACCGGGUCUCAGCGGCAUCCAAGAACAGCGCAAUGGACAACGUGCCGAAACCGGAGCCGGAGUCAGAUCCGCAGGACGCCGGUGGCGCCGCCGUCAGGUGCAGCCGGAACGACGGGAAGCGGUGGCGCUGCAAGAACGCGGCCGUGCCGGGGUUCCUGUUCUGCGACCGCCACGUCGCGUGGUCCACACGCAAGCGCAAGCCAAGAGCCAAGAAGAAGAAGAAUCGCAGCAGCGGCGUGUUGGACCCCGCCACGGAAGAGCUCGCAGGCGAAGACGAGGAGGCCAAGCACGAGGCUGCAAGGACGCCUCAACUCGGGAACGACGGCUGCGGCGACGGCUUCUACUACUACGGCGGGUUCCAGCCGGGCUGCCGGAAGCGGGCGAGGGGCAGCGGACCAGGGCCGGCAGCAGCAUGAAGACCGUGCUGUGCUUCCGAUGCUUACUCGAACUGGCACGACUGCGUAGCUGCACCUGCAUUUGCGUUGCACCGUUCUCGAUUUUGGUGCCGUGAUAGUUAAACGGGAGCACCUCACUGACUGACUGCAGAGAACUGAGAGGCGAAUGCCGCGAUGCCAGGGAAAUCUAGGAUCUGAUGCAAAAGUAGACAAGGAAAAUGUGGGAAAUUGAUCGUUGGCUGUGUCUUGUUCU